AUGACAGCUGAAGAUGCGUGGCAGGAAAUAAUGUAUGUGAAUGCAAAUCCUUACGGCGAUUCUGAGCCCAUAUCAUUCUCGUUCAAUUCCCUGUUUCGUCCGAAAAGGGAGAACAACCAAUGCAACUGUGCUCCGCCAGCAAACAACUGCCCGCAAGGACCACCAGGACCGAGGGGCAAACCGGGUGAGAGAGGACCUGAUGGUCAACCUGGGCCAGAUGGUGAGCCCGGAGCACCAGGGGUCGUUCUGAUGGCAACGUUCCAAAUUCCCGGUGGCUGCAUCGACUGCCCACCCGGUAAACCAGGACCGCCCGGACCACAUGGUCCAGAAGGCCCAAUUGGUCCCAAAGGACCACCAGGUCCACCAGGAAAAGUCGGACGACCCGGUCCACAUGGUCCUACAGGACCAAUGGGCGAUGAAGGACCGACUGGUCCGGAUGGGCCGCCAGGUGAACCCGGACGUGAUGGGAAGGAUGGAAAACGAGGUACCGGGCCGAUGGGCAAAAAAGGACCAACCGGACAACGUGGACCAACGGGUCCGAAAGGUGAUGACGCUAAAGACGGAGAACCCGGGCCCGAGGGUGAACCUGGACCAGACGGGAGGCCUGGAACUGAUGGACGUGAUGGUAAGCAUGGCAAUCCAGGAAAGGUAAGGAAACCAAAUACAUAUUCUUGCGGAAUUUAUUCUCAGUUUUUUAGUGAUGUGCUUUUGUUGUAUCUGCCUGGUAUUCGUGGAUCGCCUGGUAAGGAUGCUACCUAUUGUCCAUGUCCGGGUCGUGGUGGCGCCUCCGCAGGUGGUCCACAAAUGGCACCACCACCACCCCCACCACCACCGCAAGCUCACAAAGAAACCUAUUCCACUGGUCCCCAGCAAAAUAGCGCAGCCAAGCAAAAGAAGAAAAAGACGAAGAUGCAAAAGAAGCAGUAA